AUGGCAUCGGCAGAAAGGCAUCGCAGGCGCGCCGUAUCCCAACCAACCAACGGAACCCACAAACCAUAAAAAGCCCCCAGAGAGAGUCCGAACCCACCAAACGCACGCGCGCGCCACAGUGAAUCUAGCUCCUCCUUACUUUCAUUUACGCCCCCGCGCCCGACACCUCAACACUCCUCUGCUCUGCCCUCCUUCUUCUCCGGAGACGGCGGCAGGAUCCAUGUCGAGCCACCAGGAGUGCUGCGGGACCAUGUUCUGGAUGUACCUGGCCUUCUGCGUGCUGCUGGUGCUGUUUGCGGGGCUCAUGUCGGGGCUCACGCUGGGCCUCAUGUCGCUCAGCCUCGUGGACCUGGAGGUGCUCGAGAAGGCCGGGACGCCGCAGGACAGGCUCAACGCCGCCAGGAUCCUCCCCGUGGUCAGGAACCAGCACCUGCUCCUCUGCACGCUCCUCAUCGGCAACUCGCUCGCCAUGGAGGCGCUCCCCAUCUUCCUCGACUCCCUCGUCCCCUCCUUCGGCGCCGUCCUCAUCUCCGUCACCCUCAUCCUUGCCUUCGGUGAGAUCAUGCCGCAAGCCAUCUGCACCCGCUACGGCCUCCGCAUGGGGGCCAAGGCGGCGCCCGUAGUUCGGGUGCUCCUCGUCGUCUUCUUCCCCGUCGCCUACCCCAUCAGCAAGUUGCUGGACUGGCUACUCGGAAAGGGCCAUUUCGCACUUAUGAGGAGAGCUGAGCUAAAGACAUUAGUUGAUAUGCACGGCGAUGCGGCUGGCAAAGGGGGAGAGCUGACUCAUGAUGAAACUACUAUCAUUACAGGAGCUUUGGAGAUGACUCAAAAGACAGCAAAAGAUGCCAUGACUCCCAUAUCCGAAACUUUCUCACUUGACAUAAACGCUAAGCUGGACCGGCAUACGGUGGGUAUGAUAAUGACCAAAGGGCACAGCCGUAUUCCUAUAUACUCUGGAAGACCAAGCAAUAUUAUCGGUCUUAUAUUGGUAAAAAACUUGCUUACUUGCCGACCUGAGGAUGAAGUGCCCACUCGACAAGUUACUAUCAGAAAAAUUCCAAGGGUGGCUGAUGAUCUUCCUCUCUAUGACAUUCUAAAUGAGUUUCAGAAAGGUCAUAGCCACAUGGCUGUGGUUGUUAAACGCUCUAAAGAAGCAGGAGCAUCUGCUGAAAAGAUUAAUGGGGCUGCAGCAGAUUACAAGAUUAACCACAAACAUGUUCAUGCUGACGGUUUGUCACCCUCACAUGUCGACAUUCCUGGAAGUCGUAGAAAUAACCUUGAAAAGGGAGAUUUGCGCUCACAUAGUAAGAAAUUUGAAAGAAAGCGGGAUAAUAUUCUUGAUUUUAACACCGACCCACUUCCAAGCUAUUCAAUGGACGAGGAAGCAGUGGGAAUAAUUACGAUGGAAGAUGUCAUGGAACAACUGCUGCAGGAAGAUAUCUUCGAUGAAACAGACGAGUAUGUUGAUGUACAUAACAAGAUCAAAAUAAACAUGCUACCUCCAGGAAAAUCAUUGUCACCUCUUAUAUCUCCUAGUGGUGGACCGCUAUCUCAAGGGCUGCGGAAGACCCCUAUGGCUUCUCCAUUAUCACCAUACCGCAAUGGUGGUUCCAUCUUGCGUUCCCCUGUUUCAAACCAUGCUCAGUCUCCUGGGAUUUAUUCGACGACAAUUUCUCCUGGAAGAUCACCCAUGUCUCAAACAACUGUGAGCAGUUCGCCGACUUCAAGUUGGGUCUCGAGGAAUUCCUACAGAAGAACAUAGAGAUGGUGGUGAGAACUGAGCCUAUGAACUCAAGGGGCAACAAUUCCCACCUGUGGCUCAUCCCCAGAUCAAAUUAAGGCAUUGUUGACCGUAGGAUUAAAAGAUGAAGAUCCUACGGCUCCCCUCUAUGGUCGGUCCUUAUUUGUUGGCUUGUAAAUAUCUCUCUCUCUCUUAGCAUCUGAACAUACGGAUUAGCUCUUGCCACCUAUGGCCGGUGUGGCUUUUUUUGCCAACCUGUAGCGACCAUUGCAGAAGAAACUGCAGAGAAAAUGUAAACGAGAUGCAUUUAUAUGUACUGUGCAUUUGCACUAUUCUUGUUUUGCCAGCCCCAAUUACUCAAGUAAACCAGCUGUUGGUGUAUCGCUGAUGACUGUCCUAUAAUGUAAGCAUUGUAGUAACUCCUUCGUGUUGUGGCUUGAGAGAAGGGUCAUGACUCAUGACUAUAUACAGAGGCUUAUGUUUCUAGUGCA